GUCGCUGUCUCUCUCACUCGCUCCCCUGAAGAAAACAAAGACCUCCCUUCCCACUCUCUCCCCUCCGUCGGCUCCUCCGAUGGCGGCCACGCCUCACGCGGUGACCACCCUCGGCGACGUGGAGGAGCUGCUGCAGGCCUCCAGGAGGUCCAUGGAGAAGGGGGAGGAGGUCCCCUGCUGCCAACUCGAGCCGGACGCAGCCAUCAACGCCGCCGUCAAGCUCAAGGCCAUGGUCGACUCCGACGCCGUCCGCCUCGUCAACCCGCAGAUGCUGGCCAACAAGCUGCAGGCCAAGGCCUCCGUGGAAGAAGGGUUCAAGGAGAUCAUCGACGGGAUGCCCUUCUCUCCCCGAGAGAUGCAGGCUCUGGACGAGAGCAUCGCCAUGCUCAAGAACAGGCUCCAGAACCCCUACGCGGUCGCCUACCCGGAGUCCAUGGAGGAAGAAGCAAUAAUCUCUGAGGUGCAGUCUCAACGGGUGUCGUGGGCAAUGGGUCUCAUGGGGCUGGAGGUUAAGAAGAAGGUGCUGGAAGCGCAGGCACCGAAGGCACUGGAGACGUUCCAUGGCCUGCUUGCCGAUGCGCUGGAGACGCCUUCAUUCAUGGGCGCUGGGAGCACAGACUACAAGUUCAUCACCCAUUCUGGACAACUCGAGCUAGAUGACAUGGAGUAAAACUAUUGAGUUACUACUAGCUAGCUACUACCAUAUAUGCUUUGCUCGAAUGUCUGGUAGACCCUGCUGCCAUUUUGGCGGCCAAACCAUCUACUAUCUAUCUUGGACCAGGAGUUAGUUUUAUAUUAUGUAGGUUCCGUAAUGACUAAUGAGAGUAUGUCUCUCGUCUGAUUGAUCACCAUUUGCAGAAAGAAUGGCUGUAGUUAACCGACGUCGACGUCGUGAGAACCUUGAAUGGAUGAUGCUUUGCGGUUGCAGAAUUGGAUAUGGAACCUUCCUGGCUUCUGUGUA